AUGUCCCUCCCUCUCUCGUCCUGUCGGCGUCCAAUAGUUCGCGCAACAACGUCAGCAAUACGUUCUCUGGCUACCACAACCCCUCCGAAACCCAGCUUCUCUGAUACAUUGGCGGCUGGACCCAACUUAGAUGACUUCAUUGCGGGUGAUGUCUCGUCUUCAGAGCGCGUCAUUCUGGGCAAUCCUCGGGGCCCACGUCUACCAUCAUUUUUGAAAACCUCAAUCCCUUCUGGCAAAUCUUUUGCGAACAUCAAGAAAGACUUGCGGGGACUUGGACUCCACACUGUUUGCGAGGAAGCACGGUGUCCAAAUAUUGGAGACUGCUGGGGCGGAAAACCUGGGGCAACUGAGGCAGAGGGUCGGAGUGCUGCGACAGCAACAAUUAUGCUAAUGGGUGAUACUUGCACCCGUGGCUGCCGAUUCUGCUCCGUUAAAACAUCGAAAGCCCCACCACCUCUCGACCCGCAUGAACCUGAGAACACCGCAGAGGCAAUCAGUCGCUGGGGUCUUGGGUAUAUCGUGCUCACAAGUGUUGACCGGGACGACCUUGUCGAUGGCGGUUCGCGACACUUUGCAGAGACGAUACGGAAGAUAAAGCAAAAGGCUCCCCACAUAUUGGUCGAAGCUCUCACCGGAGAUUUUGGAGGUUCCAUGGAAGAAGUCUCACGCGUUGCUCAAUCUGGACUGGAUGUCUAUGCUCACAAUAUCGAAACAACGGAAGAAUUAACACCGUAUGUUCGCGACCGUCGUGCAUCCUUCCGAACCAGUCUUGCCGUGCUCGAAAAAGCGAAAGAGGUUGGAGUGCGUGUGACAAAAACGAGCAUGAUGUUGGGUGUUGGAGAAACGGAAGACCAAGUAUUGCGUGCUCUGAAAGAGUUGCGCAAGUCAAAUGUGGAUGUUGUGACGUUUGGACAAUACAUGCGCCCAACUAAGCGACAUAUGAAGGUCGACCGCUAUGUAGAGCCCGCAGAGUUCGACCGGUGGAAGCAGGUUGCAGAUGACAUGGGCUUUCUAUAUGUUGCCAGCGGACCGCUGGUCCGGAGCAGCUAUAAGGCCGGCGAAUUCUAUAUUGAGAAUGUUCUGAGAGGUUUCUUCACCCAAAAAAUGGACUCUUCAAAAGCCCCCGUCAAACUAGCCACCGUUAUCAAGGUCCUUGGCCGGACUGGCUCUCGGGGAGGUGUCACGCAAGUCCGUGUAGAAUUCAUGGACGAUACUUCGAGGACAAUCAUCCGCAACGUUAAAGGCCCAGUCAGAGAGAAGGACAUCCUGGCGUUGCUCGAGAGCGAGCGUGAAGCACGUCGACUGCGCUGA